AUGUCCAAAGACUCGGAAGCCACUUCUGUAGAGACGUCUCAGUCUGAUGGAAAAAUGCAUGUGACUGGUGACACCACAGCGGAUGAGUCUGUUGCUAGGUCUAAUGCUGACACUAACGCUGGAAUCUGUAACUUGAAAGUAAGUAUGUCAGCUGAUAACGCAUCUAUUGACACAUCGAUGACUUCUACAGAUAAACGUGACCGUGAUGAUUAUAAUAAUAUUAAAAAGGAUAAACUUGACGAUACUAGGAAUAAAGUGACCACUUCACUUGUUGAUAAUUGUACCAGCACAAAUUCGUCCUCACUUGUGGUCAUGGAUUAUCCUAUUCGAGGAACAAUGCACCCGCUGACAAAUAAGGUGGCAGUCAAGAGAUCAGUUGGUCCUGUGGACGAGGUAUCGUUUGUCUUUGGUCGUCCAGCUUCGCCUUCGAAUGAACCAGCGAUGAACUGCAGCACUCCGAAGACUUACACCAACCCCGGAAUUAUGCGGUGCAUGUCGCCGUCGUCAAUUCGCUACAUCUCGGGACCCUACUCGUCUCGUCCUAUGUCUCCCAGCAGUGAUGUUCUUCCCGCUAGAAGGGUACUGCCAGGAGCGGACUAUCCAGACCGACGAGUAUUGUCUCCUCCUCCGUUACUAGGAUUAGGCGCCGCGGCGGAACCUCGGAUACACCACCAGGGAGGAAUUUGCUGUGAGCACUGUAACGGAUGCCUUGUGGAGUUAAAGCGCCAAGCUCUGAGACUCAUGUUUCCUGACAAUGGCAGCGGUAGACAUCUGAUUCAG